AUGACGAGCUAUCUAUGGAGGAAAUACGCGGAUUAUCUGUACACAAAAUGGGAGAGAACGAUUCUCUGGGACAUGAUCGAUCCCUACCGUCGGCCCAAAUCUUUCACCCCUCUCGUCACCAUCUACGUCGCCGCCUUCUACACAGGGGUCGUCGGCGCCGCCAUUACCGAGCAGCGUUACAAGGAGAAGUACUGGGAAGAACACCCAGGGGAAGUUGUGCCUCUGAUGACUCCGAAGUUCUAUACUGGUCCGUGGAGGGUGUAUAGAGGAGAUGCCGUGAAGCCCAACAAUUAG